CUCAUUCUGCUGCCACUUCUCCUUAAUGGGGAAGUCGUCUUGAAACAGCUGAGCGAGCGGGUCAUCACCACACGCUACGGAAAGGUCCGAGGCUUGCUCGUGGAGUUCCCGAACAGGCAUCUCCGUCCUGUGGAGGCGUACCUUGGACUGAGAUAUGGAGAUCUGGAUUCGGGCGGGAUGAGAUUCAUGCCGCCCAAAAACCCCAAGGAAAUGUGGAACAGGAUACGUGUGGCGGUCAAGCAUCAGCCCGUGUGUCCACAACCGAGGCGCCACGAGCGGGAGUACAGCCAGCAGUUACCUGAGGGCAGGGUAGCCCACUUACGGAAUAUUACCCCAUUUUUAACAGAGCAGAAGGAGGAUUGUCUCAACUUGAAUUUAUACGUGCCUAUACAAGGUAGG